CACCCCCUACCUAAACCAAGCUGGCAUAACUCAUAAGUCCUCAGCCUCAUCACAUAUAAGCACACAAUCUCUUUCUUCUUCCCAUUCCUCCCCCUUGCCCAAAACCCACCUCCACUCCCCUUCCCCUCCUCCACAUUUCCACAAUGCCACACCCACUAGCCCUCACCUCCACCCUAGCCCUCUCAGCCCUCUUCCUCUUCCUCCUCUCCUCCACAUCCCAAGCACAUAACAUUACGCGCAUACUCGCCAAACACCCCGAGCUCUCCUCCUUCAACCACUACCUCACACUCACCCACCUCGCCACCGAGAUCAACCGCCGCCAGACCAUCACCGUCCUCGCCAUCGACAAUGCUGCCAUGUCUUCCCUCCUCUCCAAAGGACUUCCUGUCUACACCAUAAAGAAUGUGCUCUCCCUCCAUGUUCUUGUGGAUUACUUCGGUGCCAAGAAACUUCACCAGAUCACCCACGGCACCACCUUGGCUAGCAGCAUGUUCCAGGCCACGGGGGUGGCGGCAGGGACUUCGGGGUACGUGAACAUCACCAACCUCAAGGGCGGUAAAGUCGGCUUCGGAGCUCAAGACAAUGAUGGGAAGCUCAAUUCCUUCUAUGUGAAGUCUGUGCAGGAGAUUCCAUACAAUAUCUCCGUCUUGCAAAUCAGUCAGGUAUUAACUUCGGCGGAAGCCGAGGCGCCAACCGCAGGGCCAAGCCAGCUGAACCUAACGGCGAUCCUAUCAAAGCAAGGCUGCAAAGCCUUCGCCGACUUGCUGAUCUCCUCGGGAGCCGACACCACCUUCGAGACCAACAUUGACGGAGGCCUAACGGUGUUUUGCCCAACUGACGCCGUCAUCAACGGCUUCCUCCCCAAGUACAAAAACCUAACGACAUCCCAAAAGGUGUCGUUGCUGCUCUACCACGGCAUCCCCGUGUACCAGUCCCUCCAGAUGCUCAAGUCCAAUAACGGCCUCGUCAACACGCUGGCCACCGACAAGGCCAACAAGUUCGAUUUCACCGUCCAAAAUGACGGCGAGGUCGUCAGCUUGGAGACGGAGGUCGUGACGGCGAAGAUAACGGGGACGUUGAUCGACGAGGAGCCUCUGGUGAUUUACAAGGUGAACAAGGUCUUGCAGCCGACGGAGCUGUUCAAGGUGAAGACCUCGCCUGCGCCGAAGGAGGUGGCGGAGGGGCCGGAUGAUUCUGCAGACGCGCCGGGAUCUGAUGAUUCGGAGGAUCAAACGGCUGAUAGUGAUAAGAAUGGAGUCGCGGGAUUGGACGGUGGGAGAUUGGGUAUGGUUGUUUUGAGUUUGUGCGUUGUGGUUUUUCUUUUGUGAUUGGCUGGAGAGGCCUUGUUUGUGGGAAAAUUGGAAAGAAAAAAAAAAGAUUCUUCAUUUUAUUCGAAAAAAUAAUUUAAUGUAAAAAAUGUAUUGUGUAUUACAAUUAAAUUGCAUAUUAUUAAAAUUUGAGUUGCAGGUUAAUUAAGGUAGGGUGUAUACAUAUUCAACGUUUGAUGGGUUGGACUGGACUAUUUCAAUUACAGUUAUGGGUGUCGUUUGGUGUAUUG